CUGUCUUGGAAAGAGUUCAGUUCAAUGUGCCGCAGAGUUCUCACUCUAUCAGCUUGGAUGUGAACUACUUUUCUUUUCGGUAUUAUAAUGGCGUUCAAUGGGACAAAUCCAUUUCUGGAUAUACUAAAAUCAUUUAACAUAGGGAACCUAGUCCUAGCCUUCUGUUUGUCCAUGCUGUUGGGCCUCCUGUUUGGAGCGUUGAUCUACAUCCUCCUAACAUGGCUGUCGAGACGCAGAGCCUCCACCCGGAUUACCAGGCGCCCCAAACAGCAGCACCGCUCAGCCACCUCCCAGCACUUAUACAACCCAAUGGCCAACCGCCUAGGCCUCUACCGGAGCACCGUGUUCGACUGGCGCAGUGACAACAGCCUUGGAGGAGGAGGCAUUCUAAGCCUAUAUAGACAGCCAUCGGUGGAGCCGGUUGGGCCACUGGGGAAGAAGACCAGCUCAGGAGCAUCCACCUUCCGACCAGUGCCCAAGGGCAGCAGGAUGGGUCAAGGUGACGGGGCUGAGGGUGACACUAACAACCAGGAUACCUUGCCCCUUCAUGACACUACUGCCACCAAUUCAUCAGCAGCAGAUACUGCCUCCCUCAUGCCAGCUCAACCCCAACGGAACUCUUUCUGGUUGGGCAACAGCAGUCUUAAAGGGUUCCUGCCCACACAGACUCCUCCUCCCACAUAUGACAGUGUCAUCAACGCCUUUCAAGAGACAUGCACCUGAUAAUGUCACCAUAUGCUGCCUGGGAUACAUAGGUUGACUGGUUAUUACAGUGUAGGCUUUACUGCAGGGGGCCUUUGGAAGAGAUAGGUGCCCUCUGUUAUAGAGAACUGUUCAGUUUUGAGUAAGGUGACCUUUGGUCCUUUGGUCCACCCUGCCUUCUAUUCAGUCUGCUAUCUAAGAAAACUAAAUAAAUAGAUUGUGCUCUGACUGACCAUAGGCUAUGUUUAUGUUGAAAAACUGUGUGUAUCCCAAUGGAAUCUAUGUGCAAAAAGAUGAAGGGUCGGGAGGAUUGUCUAUUAUGGCCCACGUUUCUGUGAUAUGUUGAUAAAGUUGUUAAUAAAGUUUAAUU